AUGAAGAUUGUAAUUUUGCUUCUUUCUCUUUUGGGACUGACAUUCUCCAUACCAGUCAACCAAGCUGGUAGGAUUCUGGCUACAAGCAACAGCAGAGAAAUAUUACGGCUGUUGCAUAGGUACAGAGCCAUGGGUAAUACUCCACAGCAAACACAGCCCCGGCCAAGAGUGGUCCCUGGGCUGCCUCCAGCAAAGCUGGUUCCAGAUCCAAACCUACCAGGAAAUCAGCCUCCAAAUGUGGUUACCCCAUUUGAAUGGCCAUUCACAAAUUUCCCAGUUAUUUCCCAGUUAACAGAGGUGGGAGGUCCAAAUCUCCAAAACUUUCCUGUCUUCAGCAUACCACAGAAUCAGGUGUUCCCAAUAGAUAUGAAUUAUCUUACUACUCUCUUAGGAAUAUUAUCCACACUGCAGACAUUGCCUGUAGCUGGUGGAGGAAUGACUGUACCACAACAGCUACAGCCAGGGCAACCGAUGCUUCCAAUUAUAGUUGCACAGAUGGGGCCACAGGGUGCAGUGCUCAGCUCUGAGGAGAUGUCACCUUCACAGUUCCUCACUGGGCUUCUCGUCCCUGGCAUGCAAGGAGCUUUGUUCCCUUCAGGCCAAGCUGAGCCCCCUCCUGAAGGUCAAGAAGGACUUCUUCCAGCAGGCCAGGCUGGAUCCAAUCCUGAAGGCACAGCAGCAGGCAUCCAGAAGGUCUUCUCCACAACUGCUGAUGGACUGAGCGAGAUUCCAGGCGAGUUGUAUCCAACUCCCUCUGGCUUCAGACAGCCAGAUGUUGGGACAAGUGGCAUGUUUGUAGAACCAACUGCGGACAUCAAUAUGGAGCCAAGUGAGCUUCGGGAACCACCCACAUCUAUUGUAAAACUUGAUAUGGGUAAUAUGCAGAGUCCUCACAAUCUCUCUCAGCCACCUGUGAGAGGAGACAGCCACGUACCAUGA